AAAGAAGCCUCCGUAUACCGUGCCCUCCACGCGACUUGCAGGUAAAGACUUCAUCCGGCAAAGCGGAGAGACCAUAAAAUCCAUUCCAAAGUGAUUUUCAGUAACUAGCUAUUGGAAGUAUAUAAUUCCUAGUCUUCUUGAAGCUUGAGCUUUUGGAAGAAAAUGGACUUUUUCUUUAGAAGUGCAAAAGAAGAGUUUUUGCCAUCAGAGUGUCUCUUUGGUAAUCAAGACUUCCAGAAAUGCCCCUUUUUGAGGAACAUCAAUGAACCCACUAUCUUUUCCUUCUCCUCGCCUGUGAAUUUCCCUGUACCUGUAAGUUUCGCUACGGACUUGGGAUUUCAAGGUUUCUCACCUGCCCUUUCAAUUGUAUGUGGAGUCAAAGGUCCAAUUUUUGAAGAUGGUCCAAACUUUGAUACGGCAUUUCGUCUUUUUCAUGGUCGUGAUGGAGUGGUUCCCCUCUCAGGAAGGUUCCUGGAGCCUGAAUCGAAGUCUAAUCCUGCACUCCAGUUUAAUCCUUUGGCUGCAAAAGCAGCAACAAUUAGUCUCUCGGCCUUUGGACCUGGAGGGUCUUUUAGUUUUGGUCCCUUAGCUGAGAAGUUUAAGAAGCUGAAAAAGAAGCCUACUACUCAGGGGGGUCCUUUAUCGCAUGAGGCAAUGAGCAAUGACUGGUUGGAUACAGGAAACUGCCCUAUCGCCAAGUCCUAUAGAGCCGUGCACAACGUCCUACCGUUAGUUGCAAAAUAUGUUCAACCUCCACCAGGCAUGAAAUUCAAGUGCCCACCAGCAAUAGUUGCUGCUAGAGCAGCCUUGGCACGGACAGCUCUCGUGAAGAAUCUUCGUCCACAACCCUUGCCAGCGAAGAUGAUGGUGAUUGCAUUGAUGGGGAUGGCAGCUAAUGUUCCUUUGGGAGUAUGGAGAAAACAUACCGUGAAAUUCUCACUUUCGUGGUUCGUGGCAGUACAUGCAGCUGUGCCUUUUAUAGCCAUGCUUAGGAAAUCCGUCUUAAUGCCAAAAACAGCCAUGGCUAUCACAAUUGCAGCAUCAAUUUUGGGUCAGGUUAUUGGUUCAAGGGCUGAACGGAUCCGGAUUAAAGCAGCAGUGGCAGCACAGUUAGGAGGACGGGUAGCAACAGUGGGAGCAGAGAUUUGUAGUGCAGUUGAUGAUCAGUCCUCUAGUAAUGUCAAUAAAUAUCUCAUCAAAAGUGGUAAUUGUGGCGUUGAGGGCAACGGGGUAAAAUGGGUUUCCCUUCCUCUGCUCAGGACUGCUGGUGCUUAACUCACCGCUGCUUGAGCUUUGUUACUGACAUUCAGCAAGUGUCCGAACAAGUUUAAGAUAUGAUUAUCUUAUGCUGUACUCUAAUGUUAAACUGAAAGACCCAGUCUAAUUUAAAGGGACGCAGAGACUAUUAUUCUCGGUGUUUAUAAAAAAAAAUGUAAUUCUGUGGAUUC